AUGUGUGCAGCAAUCAUGCAUAUGCAUCGGUUCUUUUGCUUUCACUCCUUCAAGUUCUUCGACUACAGGGACGUGGCGGCUGCAUGCUUGUUUUUGGCUGGUAAGAGUGAGGAAUGUCCGAGAAAGUUGGAUCACAUCGUGCGCGUUUGGUGGUCAAAAAAGUUUGAACGACAUCCUACGAUUCCUUCAAAUAACCAUUACAUCGAGGCAGCGCAACUUAUUGUGCAGUUGGAGAACAUUAUCCUUCAAACGAUAGCAUUUGAUCUGAAGGUGGAGAUGCCUCAUCCCUUCGUUCUCUCUGCUAUGCACGAGAUCGCCCCUAAUAAUAAGAAGCUCACAGAAUGUGCAUACUUCUUUGCUACCGAUGUGUUGUGCGUGACGAACUGGGCGAUACGAUACAACGCGAGAGCAAUAGCUAGCGUUUGCGUGCAUCUCGUGUGUGUGUACGCCGGAUACGAGAUUCCACCUCCUGCUCCUGGGGAGAAGGCAUGGUUCCAAAAACUGGAUGCGGACAUGACUCAGGAUCUUUUGACUGAAAUGUCCCAAGAGUUCGCGAGCAUCUACAAGUCGUGUCGAGAAUGGUUGGCUCUCACCCGUUUCGUUGCGAAGGGAAUUGUCAAACCAUCGACACCGAGUCCAAAUCCAUCACGAAGUGGGGCCGAGGAAAAGGAAAUACUUCCACCCCCUCCACCACCACCGACGUUUCAUAAGAAGGUCGACCUCUCGGAGUACAAGGAGCGUACGAAAUCACUUGCGCCUGGCGAACGCUCCGGUGCUGACCGUGCGCCUCCAAGACGGAGUUUUAUUCCGGACACCUCACAAGCUAGGCCGGAUCUCUCGAUGCCGACUCUCAAUUUACCUGGGCAAGAACCUGUAGCACCUCCGCCAGCUGCACCAGUGCACGAGAAUGGUCACAAAUCGAGGGAUGAACAAAGCAGGCGGGAAGAGGAGCGAAGAAGGGAAAAAGAGCGGCGUCGACGUGAAGAAAGGGAGCAGCGUCAUGGUCAUUCCGAGCGUCCAGAAGAUAGAGAACGACGCAAAGAAGAAGAAAGACGGAAACGUGAACAUGAACGGAUGUCAAGUAGUGGGCAGUCUAGUGGAUUGCAUCCUCCUGCCGAAAAAAGACCUCGUCACGAGUCUUCGUCGUCGUUUUCGCAUUCGGUCGGUUCAUCUGGUAGUGGCGGUGGAUCUUCAUCAAAGCCACGGCCUAUGGCACCAGUGCAAGUGCAGCAUCACUCCUCUCUUCAUGGGCACACUCAGCCAGCCAAUGGUUCACAUGUUCGAAGCGACAAGGAUAUAAUAAAGAAUUCAUCGCAGUUCUGCCGUGCCAUGGAACCGCCACGAGCGUUGUCGCCUCCACCUUUACCUCCAUCGGUGCUUCCUCCGCCACCUCCGCCACCAUCUGCAAUGGCUGAGCUUGAGGAUGGCGAGCUGGAAUGA